CCAUCUCCAAUCCAUCUCCAUUCCAAGAUACUUUCAGUCAGUAGUCUUUUCAGGACCACUGAACUUCUACAUCUCCACUCUAUACUUUCUCUCCUCACUUCACAUCCCAACCUCCUACACACUCACAAUGGCCUCUUCCGCAGUUGCUGUCGUCAAGGCUGAGACUCCCGAGAAGCUCAGCGGCGCCGCUCUCUACUCCAGAUUCGCCAUCGCUGGUGCCCUCUGCUGCUCCAUCACCCACGGUGCUCUCACCCCCGUCGAUGUCGUCAAGACCAGAAUCCAGCUCGACCCAGCAACCUACAACCGCGGCCUGAUCGGUGGAUUCCGCCAGGUCAUCGCCAAGGAGGGCGCUGGUGCUCUUCUGACCGGUCUCGGCCCAACCUUUGCCGGUUACUUCCUCCAGGGCGCCUUCAAGUUCGGAGGUUACGAGUUCUUCAAGCAGCAGUCCAUCGGCCUCGUCGGCUACGAGACUGCCGCCAACAACCGCACCGCCGUCUACCUCGCCUCCGCCGCGUGCGCCGAGUUCUUCGCCGAUGUCGCCCUUUGCCCUCUUGAAGCUACCCGUAUCCGUCUCGUUGCCGAGCCUACCUACGCCAACGGCCUGAUCGGCGGCUUCAGCAAGAUGCUCAAGACUGAGGGUGUUGGCUCUUUCUACGCCGGCUUCGGUCCCCUCCUGUUCAAGCAGGUCCCAUACACCAUGGCCAAGUUCGUCGUGUACGAGAAGGUCGUCGAGGCCGUCUACAAGCAGGUCGACCGCUCCACCCUCUCCGACGGCGCCCAGACCGGUGUCAACCUCGGCUCCGGUCUCAUCGCCGGUUUCGCCGCCGCCCUCAUCUCCCAGCCAGCCGACACCAUGCUUUCCAAGAUCAACAAGACCAAGGGCGCUCCCGGAGAGGGCACCACCACCCGCCUGAUAAAGAUCGCCAAGGAGCUCGGUCUUAAGGGCUCGUACACCGGCAUUGGCGCCCGUCUGUUCAUGGUCGGAACCCUGACCGCUGGACAGUUCGCUAUCUACGGUGAUGUCAAGAAGGCCCUCGGCGCCGUCGGCGGUGUUGAGAUUGCCGUGAAAUAGAUUUUCACGCACCUAGACGAAUUGGAGAUGUAGAAAGUGGAUGGUAGGAAAACUGGAAAAAGGAGGAGUAGACAGGGACUAUCCUGUCAACGGAAAGGCGGUGGGAAUCUGAACUGACAUCGCAUUGCAAACAAUGUUCCCGGCUGUUUUUCUUCAAGGGCGCGGCGAGAAGAUAUUUCUUGUUUUCUGGCUCGGGCGCAACUUAGAGAGAUGCAUAGAUGAUAGACCUUUUUUAUUUUGCGCUCAGGCUGGUGGUUUUGGGGCCGACAAGGCGCUUGUAUACUACUAUAAUUGGAUCGCGGAAUUUGGAUGUGGAAUAGUAGUGUUAUCAAGAUUAUGAAGUUUGCGUUUACUUGUGAUGCUGAUCUGUUUGGUAUGGUAGGGAAGGGUAUCUACUUUUUGAAGCUCUACUGUCAGAAGCUAUUCUAGGAGCUUCCAAAGAAGCCUUACAUGUAAUCACAACGCAUAUUUCUCCCCGCCUAGAUGAAUCAUAUUCCCAUCCCGCACAUGCUGAUUGGAGGAGGACAUGAGUCCCGUCGUCCACCAAAGCUCCUGUACCAGAUUGUCUGGCUUGAUGAGGAAAUCCGGGUACAUCGGGUAUGGGUUUCUGAAGAUUCCCCAAGCCCAUACUUCCCUCUGCUUAACCUAGCUCACCAUCAUCGUCGACACACCUACAACUAUUUUCUCAAAUUGACAAAUUGCUCACAACUUUUUCCCCCUAUACUGUAACGGGGUGCCGCCGUUACAGUACAUGUGGUAUAUAAAGCGAGUUACGCG